AUGGCAAUCCCAUUUCCAGAUAUUGAUCCUUAUGAUAUAUUAGAAGUGGUGAAGAGUUCCACGCCUAUUGAAAUUAAAAAAUCAUAUAAAAAAUUAUGUUUGAAGUAUCAUCCGGAUAAAAUACAACAAUCAUCAUCAAUAGAAGAUACUGAGUUCUUCCCAAAACUUCAAUUUGCAUACAGUAUACUAAGUGAUCCUAUCAAAAGGCAAAGAUAUGACAACACCGGCUCAUUAGGAUUUGGGGAAGAUGAUAUAGACGAUGAAUAUUUUAACUGGAAGGACUAUUUUGAUUCGAUGAAUGAAAAGAUAACCAUUGAUAUGAUAGAGGAAGACAAAUUGAAAUACCAACAUUCUACAGAAGAGAGAGACGAUAUCUUGCAUAAUUUUGUCUAUUACGAAGGAGAUUUCAUUAAGCUUUUCGAAGUUAUACCACAUUUGGAAUUCGAUGAAGUACUGGAAGAUAGGGUAUUCAGACUCAUUGAAGACGCCAUAAAUAAUCAAGAAUUUGACACUGAGUUAGACCAGGCUACGUUGAAAUCGUGGGCAAAAUACAAGAAAUCUAGGAAAACAAAAGUAAAGCAGAUGCUAAAGAAAUUAGCCAAGGAAGCCAAGGAGGCAGAAGAACUAGAGAAGCAAAUAAAGGAUAAAGGCAAAAGAUCUUUAAAGAACGAAAAUGACUUAAAGUCCAUAAUCCAAAGUAGACAAGCUAAUAGGUUGGAUAGCUUGAUUGACAAAUUGGAAACAAAGUAUGCUGAUAAAAAAGGCAAGAAAAGAAAGCCAACCGAGAUAAACGACGACGAGUUCGAAAGAAUUCAGAACAGUCUUGGAAGUAAUAAGAAUAGAAAGACAAAACGUUGA